GGAUGUUGACGAUUGUGCAGGCCACUUUUGGAGGGUGGUGUGCCAGACUGGAGUUGUGCUGUUACAGAAUGAUGUGCAAGAGCAGUGACGAGUGUCACGGCAGGAGUACAUAUGUGACAAGCAUUGUAGACUCCGUUGUGCGCACGUUCUGGGUUAAGAACAACGUGAGAGGUGUUGUCUUGGCGCUCGCGAAAAUGUCCAACCAUUCGGUUUUGGUGGAUGUCCUCAGCGCUUGCAUGGAUAAGUCUGAGAUCUUCACACUGGAGAUUUGUGCAUUGCUUCUACCCCUUCUCAAGGAUCUUUUGACAAGUCAAUAUGACAGGUACUUGACGGUUGCACUCUCUGUCAUCUCCCUGCUGUUAAAGAGCUUUGGGUCGAUUAUUCAAGAAACGAGGCUGGCAGCGCGACCUGCACCAGGUGUAGAUCUUAGUGGAGAACAGAGGCUGGACCGAUGUAACAAGUGUUAUGAAGGCUUUGUUUCAGUGAGAGAGAUUUUGGAGCCACUUGUAAGGAGAGGUGGAGAUGCAGCUCAAGCUGCUAGCGAACUUCAUAUGGCACUGUCUGAGGUGAGGUGAUUAGCAUGGGGCAUGCAAUGAUUUGUACACUGCUAGCAAAGGCAUGGUCAUAUAUGUGUAUGUUUCGAGGUAACCUUGUUCAUGGUUGGGUAUUGACGAGAAAAGACAAGACACACAAGGGCCCGCGGAGAUGGGAUGGUACCGACAGCGCACGGAAAGGUGUAAAGGUGUGAGAUCGCUAGGUGUAUACGCCUUAUACUUAAGGGUGAUUUUGUUGUGCAGUGGAGCCAUCAGCCUCAUUGUAAGUAGGGAUCUGUCUGCUGUGAAUGUGUGUGUGUGUGAUUCAAGUUCUUUGCAGCGUUUGGUGGAGUGCAUUUGCCCGGUGCUUUAACUGUGGUCUCGACUUCAGGCUGUUGCGCGUGUACGGUUAUCUUUCUUGAUUGGUUCUAUGCUAUGUUUACAUAGAACGUCCCAGAUAGUUCGGUUCGGCACCCAUAUGUUCAUCAUGUUGUGUUUGUAUUUCAUCUUUCUGCCACAGGUUGUCAUGUUGCCAGUAAAGUUGCAGAGCUCUG